AUGGAAUUUAAAUAAAAACCUCAAGAACAAAAAACAUCAUCACAUUCCAACCCUUUGACUUAUGAAUUACUUCCCAAUAUUUAAUACUAUUAACGUUAAUAUUGCUAUGCUUAAGCAAUGAAACAGUCUACUUUAUUGGCUGGGUAAGAUAAUAAAAUAAAAGUAUUACAAUUCAAAAAGGGAUUGAAAUUGAUAAGUUGUAUUUAGAAACAUCAAAACAAAGUAGUUACACUAAAUAUUUUUCAAAAAAGAGAUCAAUUUAUUUCUGGUUCUAAUGAUUCCUCGAUCAUAAUUUGGUCCUUUAAUCAGAUGUCAUCCCCAAAAUACUUAACAAAAUUAAAAGGUCAUCUAGAUUGGAUCAAAUGUUUGGUAAUUCGUCCAAAAAGGGAAGACUUAAUAAUUAGUGGAUCCUAUGAUAAGACAAUAAAAAUUUGGAAGCAACCAUUUUAUUUCUUGACUUAAUCUUAAAACUCCUCCUUUAAAUAAUAAUCUUGGAUCUGCUCGUAAACAAUUGCCGAACAUAAAAAAUAGAUAGAAGGUUUAUCAAUAAAUUAAGAAGGUAAUAAAUUCAUAACAUGUGGAGCAGACCAUUUAAUAUUAAUCAUAGAGGAGCUUGAAACUUAAUGGUAAAUUAAGUAAAGAAUAGAAGUUAAAGAAUUUGGGUAUCGAAUUUCUUUCAUAAAUAAUGAUUUAUUUGCUUUUUAACCAAGAAAUAACUACCUUUGUUUGUUUUAUUUUAAUCCAGAUACAGGAUUAUAUUAGUAAAAUUAAGAUAUCUAAAUUCAAGGAGGGCAGAAAAAUUGUGAUGGAUUAUUUCCAUUACUCUAUCUAGAAAAAUACUAAAUUUUGAUUUCUAAAAAUGGAUUAAAUGUGAAUAUACUUAAAUUUAGUUUUACUAAGUCAAAUGAUUAUAAUUGCAAAUUAGAAUAAGUCAUUGGUUUUAGAUUUUUAAGUUCUUGGGAUGGACUAAUUUAUGGAACUGCAAGUCAUGAUGGUGAAUAUUUGAUAACAUGGGAUCAAAUGUCAAAAGAAAUCCAGAUUAGAUAAUUGAGAUUAGAAAUGUGA